CAACGCAUUUUCUCUCUCCUCAUGACGUCUCACAACACCAGCAUCCUCCUUUCUUUUCAUCUUCCCCAAUUUUAUUAUUCUUCCCUUUCCACCAAACCCUAACCCUAACUUUCUCUCUCCUCUUUCUCACACUUCUUCAUCUUCUUCUUCCUUCAUUUCCACCAUUGUUAAUCUCCCCCUCUCUCUCCUCUUAAUGCGACUGUAAUUCCGAAACCCUAAUUUCCAUCAAUCGCCAUGGAUUCAACCCCGAGCAAUCUCUACGAAACUGCAUCGCAACCCGAUACUGGAACCGACGAUGCUUACACUUUCCUCGAAUUCAACACUCAGGGUGCUGGAGAUGAUGAUGAUGACGACUUCUCUUACCCGCAAUUCAACGAGCUUUCGCAACCGAUUCGUGCUUCGCCUUCGACGUCGUCGUCUUCUCCCGCUUGGCCUACUCCUUCUGAUUCCAUUGUUGCGGCGGAAAUUAAGGAACCCCAUCAAGUUUCUGAGGCUCAUUCGGCUUCUUCAUCUGGUGGGCCUAGUAAGGGUCGUGGAGGGGGUGGUGGGGUUCAGGGUGUGGCUUCUGUUGUGGACUCGUUGGCUGCUGGAAUGAGUGGGUUGAACUUUGAGGAGACGGCGGGUGAUGAUGAUGGGUUUGUUGAUCAGUUUGGGAAGGGUGUUGGGGAUUUCUCUGAGCAUGCUUGUAGGUAUUGUGGUGUUCAGAAUCCUGCGUGUGUUGUUCGGUGUAAUGUACCGUCUUGCCGGAAAUGGUUCUGUAAUUCCAGGGGGAAUACUUCUGGUUCUCAUAUUGUCAAUCAUCUGGUUCGAGCUAAACACAAAGAAGUCUGUCUGCAUAAAGACAGUCCAUUGGGAGAAACAAUUCUUGAGUGUUACAAUUGUGGUUGCCGUAAUGUUUUCCUACUUGGAUUUAUUUCUGCCAAGACCGAGAGUGUAGUUGUUCUUCUUUGUAGGGAACCGUGCUUAAGUGUGAAUGCAUUGAAGGACAUGAAUUGGGAUUUGAGUCAAUGGUGUCCUCUAAUUGAUGAUCGCUGUUUCCUUCCAUGGCUUGUUAAGGUUCCGUCUGAACAAGAGCAACUUAGGGCCAGACAGAUUAGUGCACAGCAAAUAAAUAAGAUUGAAGAGCUAUGGAAAACAAACCCUGAUGCAUCUUUGGAGGAUCUUGAGAAACCUGGUGUAGAUGAUGAGCCUCAGCCUGUUGUUUUAAAAUAUGAAGAUGCUUUUCAGUAUCAAAAUGUAUUUGCCCCGCUCAUCAAGCUUGAAGCUGAUUAUGAUAAAAUGAUGAAAGAAUCUCAAAGCAAGGACAAUCUCACAGUGCGGUGGGAUAUUGGUUUAAAUAAGAAGCGUGUUGCAUAUUUUGUUUUUCCAAAGGAGGACAAUGAGCUGCGUCUUGUACCUGGUGAUGAGUUGCGGCUACGUUACUCAGGAGAUGCUGCUCAUCCUGCAUGGCAGUCAGUUGGUCAUGUGAUUAAGUUGACUGCACAGGAGGAGGUGGCACUUGAGUUACGUGCGAGUCAGGGAGUUCCAGUUGACAUAAAUCAUGGUUUUAGUGUUGAUUUUGUUUGGAAGAGCACAAGCUUUGAUCGCAUGCAGGGUGCCAUGAAAACCUUUGCAGUGGAUGAGACUAGUGUCAGUGGGUAUAUUUAUCACCAUUUGUUGGGACAUGAAGUUGAAAUGCAGAUUGUUCGAAAUACUUUGCCUCGUCGAUUUGGCGCUCCAGGCCUUCCAGAGCUCAAUGCAUCUCAGGUUUUUGCUGUAAAGAGUGUCCUUCAAAAGCCUAUCAGUUUAAUUCAAGGACCCCCUGGCACUGGGAAAACGGUUACCUCUGCUGCUAUUGUGUAUCACAUGGCCAAACAAGGACAAGGACAGGUGUUGGUUUGUGCACCAAGUAAUGUGGCUGUAGAUCAAUUGGCUGAAAAGAUAAGUGCUACUGGUCUGAAGGUUGUCAGACUCUGUGCAAAAUCUAGAGAGGCGGUCAGUUCUCCUGUUGAGCAUCUGACACUUCACUAUCAGGUUCGGCACCUUGAUACAUCAGAGAAGAGUGAACUUCACAAAUUACAGCAACUGAAGGAUGAACAAGGAGAAUUGUCUAGCAGUGAUGAGAAAAAGUACAAAGCAUUGAAACGAGCAACAGAGAGGGAGAUAGCUCAAAGUGCUGAUGUCAUAUGUUGCACUUGUGUUGGUGCUGGAGAUCCUCGUCUUGCAAAUUUCAGAUUUCGUCAGGUACUCAUUGAUGAGUCUACACAAGCGACAGAACCUGAGUGUCUUAUACCUCUGGUACUUGGGGCCAAGCAGGUUGUUCUUGUUGGUGAUCACUGCCAACUUGGUCCUGUUAUCAUGUGCAAGAAAGCUGCUCGAGCGGGACUUGCACAAUCUCUUUUUGAACGCCUUGUGUUGCUUGGUGUAAAACCCAUCAGGCUGCAGGUUCAAUAUCGUAUGCAUCCAGCGCUUUCAGAGUUUCCUUCCAAUAGCUUCUAUGAAGGUACACUCCAAAAUGGUGUGACAAUCAAUGAAAGGCAAUCUACAGGAAUUGAUUUUCCAUGGCCUGUUCCAAAUCGCCCAAUGUUCUUCUAUGUCCAGAUGGGGCAAGAGGAGAUAAGUGCUAGCGGUACAUCAUAUCUUAACCGCACUGAGGCUGCUAAUGUUGAGAAAAUAGUGACUUCUUUCUUGAGAAGCGGUGUGGUUCCUAGUCAGAUUGGGGUUAUUACACCUUAUGAAGGACAGAGGGCAUAUAUUGUGAAUUAUAUGUCGAGGAAUGGAGCUCUCAGACAGCAACUUUACAAGGAAAUUGAGGUGGCAAGCGUUGAUUCAUUCCAGGGAAGGGAAAAAGAUUACAUUAUUUUGUCUUGUGUUAGGAGUAAUGAACACCAGGGAAUUGGAUUCCUCAAUGAUCCCCGCAGGCUCAAUGUUGCACUAACACGUGCCCGAUAUGGUAUUGUCAUCUUGGGGAAUCCGAAAGUUCUGAGCAAGCAGCCACUUUGGAAUGGCUUAUUGACUCACUAUAAGGAGCAUGAGUGCUUGGUUGAGGGACCACUCAGUAACUUGAAGCAAAGUAUGGUUCAAUUUCAGAAGCCCAAGAAGAUUUAUAAUGACCGUAGACUAUUCUAUGGCGCAGCAGCUGGUGUUGUGCCUAAGGAUAACGUUUCAUCAGUUUCAAGCACCGGUGCUAGUGCUGAUAGAAGAGGUAGUCGUGGUAGAGGUUACAUGCCACCUGGAGUGCCCAAUGGUACGCACAAGCCUGCAGUGCAUCCUUCUGGUUUCCCCAUGACUCGAGUUCCUCUUUCUCCCUAUCAUGGUGCACCACCAUCUCAGCCAUAUGCUAUUCCCUCUCGUGGUGCUGUACAUGGCCCUGUUGGAGCAGUUCCUCAAGUUCCUCAGCCUGGAAGCCGUGGUUUUGGUGCUGGACGUGGCAGUUCUGCGCCUAUUGGCAGUCAUUUACCACACCAGCAAGCUUCACAACAACCUGUUGGAAGUCUUGGGCCUAAUUUCAACUUUCCUCUGGACAGUCCCAAUGGCCAACCAACUAUUGGUGGUCCGUUGUCACAACCCGGUUUUGUUUCAAAUCUGCCUGUAAAAGGACCUAGCCAAUCUUUCCGUGAUGGGUUUUCUAUGGGAGGAAUGUCACAGGACUUCUUGGGUGAUGAUUUCAAGAGUCAAGGAUCACAUGUUCCUUACAAUAUUGCAGAGUUUUCAACACAGGCUUCACAGAGUGGAUAUUCUGUUGAUUAUGCCACACAAGGACCACAGUCUGGCUUUCCAGGAAGUUUCCUGAACCAAAACUCACAGGCUGGAUAUUCUCGAUUUGGUAGUGGGAGUGAUUUUAUGUCUCAGGAUUAUAUGGGGCAUGGUUCUCAAGGUCUUUUCACUCAAGUUGGCUUCAAUGAUCCAUCUCAAGAUGACUCUUCACAAGGCCAUUUUGGAGUAGGAAAUGUAAACCCCCUUCAAUCACAGGGCCCUAUGAAUCCUCUAUAUUCCCAGCCUUUCACACACUACAACUCGCAACCUUUGAAAAUGCAGAAUGCUCAGCACCAGCCGCCCCAGCCUCAGCAGCAGGCUGCUCAGCAGGGUCUGAACUCGCAAAACCAGAAAGUCCACUACAGUGGUUGAGAGUGUAUGGGAAAUGUUGGCCAAAGAUGGGUUAGUCUUCAAUAUCAGCGACUUGGUUUGUCCACCCUUGUGCCACUGCAUAAUUAUUAAAACGGAAACAACAGUUUUUGCUCGGAUGAGGUUUUCUAUGGUUUUUUCCACUACCUCAAUACUAAGUUGUUGAAUGAUGAUGGGAGUCUGAAGGAGGACUUUCAGUCGUUGGCUAUGGAAACCCUAUUAUGGCACAGGUGUCCCAAAAUAAGGCUGUGAAGGAGAAGGAUGACCCCCUUUAUCGGUCCUGAGGUAUUCUCUUGAGAAAAGGCUGAAAUUGGUCAUUUUUUGUGGGAGAGAUCAUUACAUGACAUGGUCUGGUCGGAAAGGGUUCGUAAUUGAUAGCGAGCUUUUGAGGGGCGUGCAGGAUAAAGCCCUGAUUAUUCAUACAGAAACAGCAGUGAAGUACAGGAUUGUGUACAGCAGUGCAGGGAAAGGAUUCCAUUUUACCAUACCCUUUCAGCUCUUCCUGACAUGUAAUUAUACUCUACAACAAAAUCAAUGAUAAUAGUAUGAAUAGAGAUGAUGGCGAUUAUUUGGUGUGUUUUGGGGUGCAUAAUCGUCUUGACCAAUACAAGUUUGUAAAAGUUUAAAUCUGAAAAUUUGGUUAAUUGAGUGUUUACUCUUGCUUAUGGUGUCUAA